GACAAUUGCCACGAGCUGCAGGAAGAAGUGACUGCGCUUGAGCGCAACCUGAGGGAAGUGGAGAAGAAGAACUCCGCCAAGAUUUCGCAGCUCGAAGGCGAAGCAAAGGAGAAGGAGGUGAAGCUGGACCAGCUCACCAUGGCGACGUCUCGCUUGCAGCAGAGUAUGAGGGAGCUGGAGGAGACUCGCCAGGUUGAAAGGAGGGAGGCUGCAGCCAAGGCACAAGACCUUCGGAAUGUGUUGCAGACAAAGCAGACCGCGCUUCAGUCGGCUGUGCAUUUGCACGGCGAGGUGCAGGCUGAACUCCUCAAGUGCAAAGACCAGAUCGUCGCGCUUACCAGAAAGGUGCAAGCGGCUGAGAAUGUCCUCCUCGCACAAAACAACAAGAAUCAGGAGCUGUCCAUGCGCCUGCAGCUGGCUCAAGCUGACUCUCAGCGAUUGUCGACUGAGCAGACAAGGCUGCAGCAGGAGAAGCGAGCUGCCCUUAUGCGUGAGCAACGCAUACAGGCAAAUUUCAACAGGACAGAAGACAGGCAUCAGGCUCUGCAGCAGAUCAUUCCGCUGAUGGAAGCAGAUGAGAAGAAUCUGAAGGACCGUAUUGCCAUGCUGGAGGACCAGGCCCAGAACGAGAAAGUCCUGUCGUAUCGCUUGCAAGAGUGCGAGGACGACAACACCAGGCUGGCAGCCGAGGUGCAGCAGAUGCAGGCCUACUUUCACCAGAAGGAGAAGGAAAAGUCUGAGUUGACCAAGCAUCUCGCAGAAUUCCAGGAGGGCUCUCAACACCCAGCGCAUCCCCAAGCCGCUGGAGCCAAGGCGGUGGAGUCUGCGCAAGCUGCAGAGGCACAGACUGCUGCACUGGAGACAGAGAUCCAGAAGGCCCGAAGUGCUGAGGCUCAGGCGCAGCAGGAAGAAGCUGCAGCGAAGCAGCUCGUUGAGGAGGCAAAAUCGGCACAGCUGAGAGCAGUGCAGCAGGCACAGAGUUGCAGUGGGGAGGAGGCCGCCAGGCUCCUCGCCGAAGCGUCGGUAGCAAAGGAGCGUGUGCGACAAGCCUUGCAAAGCCAGGCUAAGGCGGCUCAAGAUGCAGACGCGGCGAGGCAAACUGUUGCCAAGCUCCAG